AUGCUGAGGCUGCGCCCGCCGGCUCCGCGCCCCGCGUCCCCGUCCCCCGCGCCGCGGCACAAAGCGGCUCUGGCAGCGAGCGGCGGGCGCGGGGCUGCGGCGGCUCGAGCCCGGGAGACAAAGGCGGGGCGCGAGUCCACGUUCCGCGGCUUCGGCGGCCCCGCGCCCCGCCCGGGACUGGGGGAAGGGGAGGGCCCGCCGCUCGGGGAGGAACAAUGCGGGCAGCGGCCCCGCCCCUCGGCGGCCCUGGGCGGUCGGCGCGCCGCCUCGCGGUGCCGGGGCCAGGCGCCCGGGCGCGGGCGCGGGCGCGGGCGCGUCUGCGCGGGUUGCCCGGAGGGGGCGGUGGCCCGCACGUGCGGCCCCAGCGCCAAGUGCGGGCCGGAGCGCUGGAGCGUAGGUCCAAGCCUGUGCUUCCCCCAGGAGGCGGGCGACCGGGGCGCCCUGCCCGCCGAAGUCGACCCGGGUACGCCGCACGCUGGGGGCCCAGCGGAGCCCACCAGCCCGAGACUGGCGGCCCCAGCACACCGCCACUUUGCCGGAGAGGAGCCAAAUUCCGGCUCCCAACUUGGAGGACGUACCAGCAGCUUGGUGGUAGGCGACAGGAAAAAGGACAAGUGCCCCAACUGGAUGGAAAGCAAGCCCUGGGCCCAGACGCAGACCUCGCUGCUGAGACAGCUGCGGUGGACCCCGGGUGGUCUCUGCCACCUCACCUUGGGCCGCCACCUGUGUCCCGGUCAGAAUGUGCCGGGCCAACUUCACUUUACCGAAGGUGCCUUCACCAAUGGUGUGGAGGAUCUCGAAGUCAUCAAUAUGAGCCUUCUUGCCAGCAGAUUUGGCUGUGAGGCCCUGCAUCCUGGUGAUCUGCUAACUACACUGACUGACAGCACUACCUAGCAACGCUAACUACGCUAACUAACAAUGCUAACUGUACUAACAGGGCUAAGUAUGCUGUCUCUACUAACAACGCUAACUACGCUAACUGUACCAACAGCGCUAACUAGUACUAACUACACUAACUAUGCUAAUCAAGUAUUAACUAUACCAACAAUACUCACUAUGCUAACUGUAGAAAGAACAAUGACACAAAAAAGAGUAGAGAAAAGAGAAACGAAAAUCAACAAAAUGGCAGAAACAAGGAAAACACAAGCUAACUCUAGGUCCAAGGCCGUCAGGUCACCAAAAGCAGCUUCCUGGGCUCUAAGGACCAAAAACCUGGGCCCACCUUUCUCUUUCAUAGGGCUUUGUGAAGUACAUCACAAUGGUGCACUCUGAGGUCAGAGCAAGAAAUGGACCCAUCACCGCUGGGGAUACACCACAGUGGUUUUCUCACUUUUUGAGUUCAAGGCCCCUUUACACUUAGGAAAAAGGAUCCCAAAGAAAUUUUUCUUUACGUGUGUUAUUAGAUAUUGGUAUUCACUUUGUUAUA